AUGAAACCCAGAAAUGUCAUGAAAGUGUAUUGUUUUAUAGCAGAUAUUAAAGCAGAGUUCAUGCUGAAGCUGGACCAUGAUCAGAUUGAUGUCUUGCACCGCAGGUCACUGAGCACUUCCACAUGGCGGCUGGCACAGGACCAAACUCGAGACACGCAACUCAUCACAGUUGAUGAAAAAUUGGAUAUCACUGCUUUAACUGGUGUUCCAGAUGAGCACAUCAAAACCAGAAAAGUUCACAUUUUUGUUCCAGCACGUAAUGCAAUGCAGGCAGGAGUCAACAAUACAAAGAAAUGGAAGAUGGAAUUUGAUAACAGGGAGCGCUGGGAGAACCCUUUAAUGGGCUGGGCAUCUACAGCUGAUCCUUUGUCCAACAUGGUUCUUACUUUCUCUACUAAAGAAGAUGCCAUUGCCUUUGCUGAAAAAAAUGGCUGGAGCUAUGACGUUGAAGAGAAGAAGACUCCAAAACCUAAAUCCAAGUCUUAUGGUGCAAACUUUUCUUGGAACAAAAGAACAAGGGUGUCUACAAAAUAGGUUGGCAUUGACUGUCUGACUGUGAAUAAAGUCAGCUGUGCUAUAUUUAUAGUCCAUGUAUAAUACAUCUCUUAAUCUCAUAAUAAAUUUGACCUUUAAACUACA